AUGCCAACCAAAGUUUUCAUACUUGUCUUCGUUGGUGAACCUCUCGACUACACCAAGUAUCGCCAUACAGCUCUCUUUUUUGAGUUUCCUAAUGGAUCUACAUGUGCGAUGCAUAUAGAGGGAGCACCUGGAUUUUUCGAAUUCCAGCCACUCGACAAUUACCGCCCUGAACAAAGUCGAAGGCUUGCCAAAAAGUUCCUGGUGGCGGAACUCCAAGAUUCAAUCAGUGAAGUCUCUAUCAGAGGAGUCGUUUCAAGAACCCCAGUGAAAAAUAGACCUGCAGACGCGGAUUGGAACUGCCAGAGUUGGGUGGCAGAUGUCCUUACCCGGAUGGUGAACAAUGGAUAUUUGAAUGCGUCUCAACGAGCAUCGGCCAUUAAUCAAAUGACCGAUGUGUGCUUGGAAGCCACAGAUGAGUAA